CAUUUCUUUGUAUACUAUACAGAUGUCUUCUGGGACUAAUUUCAUUGUCCCAUAUCUUCUGCCAACUCUUUUUCACUUCAGUCCAAAUCAGCCCCUUAAUAUCCGCAUUACUCAUCUGUACUCUGAUGUUGAUCUCAGGAUAUUUCAACAACUUUGCCAGUUUAUCAGCUUCCUCAUUUUCCUUACAUGGACUGGCACCCACAAAAACUCAUCUUUAUGAAUCUUUCAAAUACCGGAGAGAGAAAGGGAAACUAAAGUUCAAAGAAAGUUCUCCCUCCUAUAAACACUGAGAAACUUCCUCCUUGUUCAUAGAGAUUCAACGACACCUCGACACGCAGAAGCAAACAGUUGUUCAAUCCUAAAUUAACGAUAUUGCCCUGCCCAGGAGGACGAAGCCCACAGGAAGCUCAGAUGCCAAGUGUGUUUAUUCAGCGCUAAAUAAAGGCACUGGUGACAUUCGUGGACGACACAAUGGCCAACAAGGAAAGCGAAUCAGCAGGUGUUCUGACUUCUCCCAGAAAAAUGAAAAGCAUGGAAAUAAACCCCCCGAAGUUUCGGACUGUUGUAGUGUUUGGAAACUCUGCAUCUGUCCAGUAUAAUGCUGAAAACAUUCUACUUGGAAAAGAAAACCCUUUUAGAACUGUAAAAACAUCCAGGAUCGGUCCUGUACUGAAGGAGAUAUCAGAGCAUCUCGUCUUCUUGAUCGACAUUCUUGAUUUACAUAAGACUGACUCUGUGGAUCAUCUCAUUGAUCAACAAAAUGAAAUCCAUGCCUUCAUCUUUGUUGUGCGACUGGGUCAGUUAACCAAUGAUGAUCAGAUGGUCCUGGAAUGGCUUCAGAGGGCGUUUGGUGACAAAGUUCUUCAGUUUGUGAUGAUUCUCUUCACCUACGAAAGAGAAGAAGAGUGUGCCACUAUAAUUGAUGAUCUGAAGAAAAACCCUGUUCUUGAGAAACUGCUGGAGAAAUGUGGAGGAAGAUUACACACCUGCAACAAGAGGAUGCACAACCAUUUAGAGAUGAGAGAACUGAUGAACAAGAUUGAGCUUCUGUUUAAUGAGAAUAAACAGCAGCGUUACACAGGAGAGAUGUAUAACGCGGUGUUAAAACAGAGAGAGGGCCUGCAAAAGUGUCAAAGUCAAAGUGAUUGUUUUUCAGAAUUUACAAUCAAUGAAGAAAGAAUUGAAGACACUACAAAAUCAAAGACUGGAGAAAAACAUGGCGGUAAAAACAAAGACUUGGAAACAAGAGUCAGACCUGAUCAAUGCCUACAGCAUGAAGAUGCUAAAAAAAAUAAUCUAUUCCAUAGACUUCAUCUUGCAGGCUGGCAACAGGAUAAACUGAAAGCUACAUAUGUUCUUCAGUUAACACCACAUUCAUUACAAUCACAUGAGUCUUGUGCUGAAGAGGAGCUGAUUCAGACUUUCAUUCAAAAACUACUGGUGAUGGACUACAGAGCGAUGUACAUAAAUAUUAAUGAGGGCAAGGAACAAGAUCAAACAAAACGAAGAGACAAAAACUCUGAAAAUGAGGGUGAUAUUUUUGAUGAUGUCUUUAAAGAUACAACUUUAUCCAACAAAGCAACAAGCCAAUCUGAGCAAAUUCACCCGAUGGAUGUUCAGAUGGCUGUGUUUUAUUGUGCUGAUGGUUUCCUGAAGCAGUUGAUGGUCACUAAACUGUCCCAGUGUCAGUACGCUUUGCCUCUGCUUGUUCCUGAUCCAUUCACACAACAGAUUGAGUUUCCUCUCUGGACAUUCAGACAAAUCAACAAGAGCUGGAAGAUGAAGAACACCAACAAUGAGAUCAUCAGUCAAACCCAUCCGGUCUACAAGGCACAAACUCCAAUGGUGUCUUUCUUCAGGUUUGGCUCUGUGUCUUCAUCCAAGUCUCAGCUGAUGAACAGUCUGAUCAAUGAGAAACACAACACGUUCUUCCACAGGAACUGUCCAGGCAGCAGCAGAACCAGAGUCCUGAUGGAUGGAGUGGUGGAGAUCGCCUGGUUCUGCCCGUCUGGGAAAAACACGGAUAAAUUCACUGACUGUGUUGCGUUCUGUAAUCUACAUGGUGAUGCAGGAGAUCACGAGAAACAGCUGCAGAUCCUCACUGAAAGGGCCUCAGUCAAUGUUGUUCUUUUACCACGACUGGACAGGUAUGACAAAAGUGCAGAAAAAAUCCAAAACCUGUACAAGGGCCGAAAGCCACUCAUUUGUCUUUUUACAGAAGAUGAAUCUGCAGUAAAUGAGAUGAAAAAAGGAAAAUUCAAAAUAGGUUUGAAAGACAAAAAUCACCCUGAAAUAACUAAAGAACUCAGAAGAACUAUAAACGAGUGUCUCUCAGAAUCAUCUUCCACUUUCAGACUUGAAGAUUUGUCCAAACAAUCAGGCAUCAGAGUAGAUGAGGAAGAUGAUGAAGACUGCAGGAGAGGAAGAGAAGCAGCACAGCAGAUGAUGAGUUUACUGGAGAAGAAAGAUCUGACAGAAAUUAAAGACUCAUUUCUGCCUCAUCAGGGGAAACUGUGGCAUCAGUGGAGUCAGAAGAACAAAGAACUACAUCGACCUCGAGCAGAUGAGACAGAAAAGGAUAUCAGUAGAAAACAAACAGAGAUGAAGAAUAUCCGUCACCAACAGCAUGAAUCUGAUAUCAGUGAGUUUAUGAAAUACUUUAUUGAUGAAAUUAAUGAAGAUGCUGCAAAUAAAAAUAUAUAUUUUCUGAAAUUCCUUGAAAUAUACCUGGAUGAAUAUAUGUCUACUGACCUUUCUGCUAUACAUAAAAAAUAUGAUGAAAAGUGGUCAGCAGUUGUAAGACUGAAAGAGAAUGAUGAUAAAUCCAAUGAAUUGGAAACUGAACAAGCAGAACUUGAGAAAAUAUCUGAAGAUCUUCAAGCCGCAGCCUUUGGGUUGCAGCACAUCAUGAGGGAGAUCGGUCAGAUCUAUGAAUCGUGUUCAUCUGUGGAGAAGAACAAGAAAGAUCUGCAGUUUGACUUCUCUUCUCUCCCGAGUCUUGCAGCAGAGAUGAUGAUCUCUGGAUUUUCACUGGAGCUGAUGGAUGGAGAUGCUGCUCAUGUUCCUCUGGUCUGGAUCUCUGCUGUUAUAGAUAAACUCAUCCAGAAACUGGGAGACCAGAGAGUCUUUGUGCUGUCAGUUUUAGGGCUUCAGAGCUCUGGGAAAUCCACCAUGCUGAACACCAUGUUUGGACUCGAGUUUGCCGUCAGUGCUGGCAGGUGCACCAGAGGAGCUUUCAUGCAGCUGGUCAAAGUCUCAGAUGAGAUGAAAACACAGAUGAAGUUUGACUAUGUUUUGGUUGUUGAUACUGAAGGUCUAAAUGCCCUAGAACUGGCUGGAAGAUCAACAAGACAUCAUGACAAUGAAUUGGCCACAUUUGUUGUUGGUCUUGCAAACCUGACCUUGAUCAACAUCUUUGGAGAAAACCCAUCUGAGAUGCAGGACAUUCUUCAGAUUGUUGUUCAGGUCCUCAUGAGGAUGAAGAAGGUCAGACUAAAUCCCAGCUGUGUGUUUGUGCAUCAGAACGUCUCAGACGUCACGGCUGGAGAGAAAAAUAAGGAGGGAAGAAGACGACUGCAGGAGACACUGGAUGAGAUGACAAAACUUGCUGCAGAAGUGGAAGUCUGUGAUGCAGAAUGUUUCAGUGAUGUCAUUAGAUUUGAUGCACGAAAUGAUGUGAAGUAUUUUGCUCAUCUUUGGGAAGGAAACCCACCCAUGGCACCACCAAACCCAAACUACUGUGAGAAUAUUCAAGAACUAAAGGAAACUAUUAUGUCUCAUGCAGCAAAAUCAGAUAUAAUGAUGCUGAUAGACCUAAAAGAUCGUAUCAAAGAUCUCUGGGAGGCUUUACUGAAAGAGCAAUUUGUGUUCAGCUUCAGAAAUUCUCUGGAGAUUUCAGCCUACAGAAAACUGGAGACUGAAUACAGCAAGUGGUCCUGGAGUCUUCGCAGUGCCAUGAUGGAAACUGAGAACAAACUACACAACAAAAUAGAAAAUGAAGCAAUUCAUGAGGUUGAGGAAGCUGAUCUUCAAAGAGAAUUGAAGGAGACAAGUGAUGAAGUGGAGAAAUCAAUGUCCGAAUUCUUUGAGAAAGACAAAGAUAAAGAUAUUCUGAUUCACUGGAAAUCAUCAUUUGAAAUCAAAAUCAAAGAUGUUCAGGGAAACAUUGUGAGAGAAACAAAGAGGAGAUUAAAUGAGAUUCUUCAGCAGCGAGACCUGAAGAAAACAAUUGACGCUCUGAAGAUACAUCAUGAAAACACUCUCUAUGAAAAGAGCAAAGAACUUGCCAUAAAACUCAAAGACAAAGCAAAUGAUGAAGAAACACUGCAUAAAGAGUUUGAUUUGUUUUGGAAACACUAUGUAAAGAAGAUCAUCACAGACACUCCUUCAAUCAAAGACAUUGACAUUCUGACAAAUGUAAAAAGUCUUCUCAAUGACAUCUAUCAGGGAUGUCUCCCAAUAGACCAUCUAAAAGAAGCCAGUGAUUACAAUAUUUUCAAUGUGUUGAGUUUUUCUGAGUACAUUAUUUUCAAAAGGUCCACAAAAAAAGAUAUUCGAGAUGCUGCAAAGGAUGCUUGCCGAACAGUUAAAGGAACAUCUGGAUCUGCUCAAACUUUGUCUCCAGAAGAUGAAACCCAAAUAAGAUCAUUAGUCACAGAUAUUGAACAGCAGACAGACACAAAGAUUCUGUCAUUUAACAUUUCAAAGAUGGGCUACAACAUCAGCCGUGUUCAACAACUCAUAGAUUACAUUAAGAAGAGAGUAACAGAACAUCAGGAACAAUCAGUGAAUUAUAAGUUCAAGAAUGAAUUCUUCGUGGAUUUAGUCAUUUCCAUCUGUAAAAGAGCAAACAAGAUGAUAACUGACCAACACAGAAUGUUUAAAGAAGCCAAUGAUCCAGAAAUAUAUGUUGAGAAAAAGAGAGCGGAGUACUAUAGUAUUUUCCAGAAAUACUGUCACGGAGCAACAUCAGCUGCCAUUUUUGGAGAGAUCAUCUGUCAGAAACUGAAAGAGCCCAUUGAGCAGAGUGUCUACAAGAAGACUGCCAGAGAUCUGGCAGGUGAAAUGAGAUCAAACUGUGAAUCACUGAAUGGAAACAGAUCAAAUCUGGAGAAACACAUCCUGAAGACACUGGCAGAAAAAGAUGGUUUUGACAAAUACAUGAACUACAUUGAUAAUCCGAAGGAUCACUUUAAGAGUUUCAUCAGAGAUGAAGUCAGUCGGUACAUCUGCGAUAAGUUCAAUGUCAGUGUUUUACCCAAGAUGAAGGAGAACAUUAAACUCCUGCAGCAGAAGAUCAUGAAAGCAGCACAUGAAUCUACUGAACAUGUUCAAGAGGACAGUGGAGAUGUUGGAUUAUGGUUGAAGAGUUUCACACAGCAGCUCUCAGACGUGCUGAUCUUCUCUGAAAAAGACCUCAGUGGAGUCAAACAUGAUGAUGUUGAUGAUUUCAACCUCCUCGAAGAUGUGAUAAGAGAAGAACUUCCUGUUAUAAUUUCUGACAUCAUCAGUGGAUUCAACACAAACACUUUUCCAGUAAAGCUGGACUAUAAAGACAGAUCAGAUGAGCUUCUGAUUGGUCACUUCUGUCAGUGCUGUUGGGUUCAGUGUCCGUUCUGUGUAGCCGUCUGCACCAACACCAUAGAAAACCAUGAUGGAGAUCACAGUGUUUCCUUUCAUCGUGUUAUUGGACUAAGUGGAAUAUUUUACUCUAAUACAUCUAACCUGUCUGCCCAUAUCUGCACAUCAGCAGUAGCAAACAGCAAUCUAUCUUUUUAUCCCAAUGAAUCGCAAAAAGUCCUCUGGAGAGAUUACAGAACAGCGGGAGAAGAUUAUGCAAAGUGGAGCAUCACCCCUGAUCUCUCUGAACUGCCCUACUGGAAGUGGUUUGUGUGCAGAUUCCAGACAGAUCUGGAAAAACACUAUAGUAAAACAUUUGAGGGACAGGGUAAGAUCCCAGAUGAAUGGAAAAAACACUCUAAACAGGAUGCUUUAGAGAGUUUGGAUAAAUACAUUUAGUUCCUCAUUUGCAAGUCACUAAAAGUGGCUUUGAUUUACAGAACACAGUUUGAAAUUACUUUGUUCCUAACUUAAGUGAGUCUGAAAUCAUUUAUUCAUCAGUUCUGUCGGGACCACUAUCAUCAAAUACGAUUGACAAGUAGCAUACAGUUAGGAUUAGCGAUUAGUUCUGUUCCGCAUAAGAACUCCCUGCGCAUCCACACAGCAAAAUCCCCAGUGUUUAAUUAACAGAAACCAAAUCAGUCAGUCUCCCGUAAAGAAUUAUUCUAACACACACACAGCUUCUUCAAGGUUGGAUUUGGUCAGCCUCUAACAAUAAACAGGAGAGGCAUCUCAAAACAUCAAGAUAAUACUCUAUUUCUCUCAAGGAGAGGACAGCAACACAGUUCUCAAGGAAAGGACACUUUUAAUCUAACAGAAAAAGUAUGACUUUAACAAAGAAAUGGUCCCUUAAAUUAUAAACUACUGUCAUGAACCCUGUGACAGUAGUUGUUAGGGUACCCUAGAAAAGCAUGUAUUGAUACAUGUUGAAGACCUUUCUUAAAAACAUACCAAGUCCAUAUUUAAUUUCUGGAAGCCGGGCUAAAUGUGCAAGCACUGUUACUGUAUUCCUGACAUGGGCCAGAACCUUCAGUCACCUCUCAGAUAUGUAAUACAGAAAUUACAGAUACAUGAAAAGAACAUUUCAGUAAUCACACUGGUAAGUUCUAUAACAAAGUAAAAUCUCACAAGCCUCGAGGAGUCAUUCAACUCAUUUGAUAUUUAGACGAAAAUAUAUUGAUUAAUACCUUGAUUAUAAUCCCUCAUUAAAUAUGCAUUGAAGUAGCAGUGGAUUCCAAUCCACCCCUUUCACCUCUGUCCCAAAGUUUUUGGAAUGUGUUGUAUACAUCAAAACAAAACAAAAAUGUUUAAAUUGAAAAAA